AACCCCCAAAUCUAAUAAUGAGAAAUUGAUUCCUGCUUUCAUUUUGAAGCUGAUUACUGAUGACUGAUGAGUUGUCUGAAAUUAAUUUUCAAAGGGGUUCCCUGCUUCCGGCUAAGCUAAGGAUAAAAAUAGGGUAGUGAAGGAGGCCGACGCUUACAUUGAUUCGAUAUAGGUCUCUGCUUAAGGUAAAUCUGCGAGAAGGGUGCUUUUCCGUCUACGGCGAUAGCGCAGUGUCUUGAAGUCGAAGCCGAGGUCGACAUCCGGCGAGACCGUUGAUUAGGUUCCGAUUUCCAAAGAUAAAUAGGCUGAGAGUUUCCACAAAGCUAUUCCAAGACAUCUGUAGUUUGAGUUAGUCUUUGCUGGUCACUAGUCUUUAUUCAAACUUGGGGGUAGUAUACAGCAGGUACUUGGCUUUUCCUCCCUAAAAUUGUUCUGAGAAAGAAUAACAUGUCUGAAGCCGGAAGAGUGCAUCCGGAAUGUCGAAAUGCAUCGAAUCCUUAUCACGAAUGCAGCGAGUAUUGCUUCAAAAUAAUUGCCGAAGCAAAGAAACAAAUGAAACAAACAGAACCAGUGCUAAUGCAACCUGAAGAUUGUAGUCAUCAAGCCCUCUCAGCUGAUGACUCUAAUAGGGAUCAGAAUCCUCUAGUUGGAGAAGAAGUGAUCGAAAAUCCCUGCAAAGACGUUUCUAAUCUUACAGGGAGAGAGAAAAAGCUGUUCGAGUUAAGGUUAAAGAUGAAUGAGGCAAGAAAAGCUAAUCAAACUGCCAUGGUGGCCGAGAAAAGAAAAAUGGAAGCACCUGAGGAGUCUAGAGGCAUGUCCAAGCAAAAAUGGGUUCAGGAAAAGAAGAAGAAAAUUGGAAAAUUGCUAGAGUCAAAUGGUUUGGAUAUGAGCAAGGCAUACAUGCUAGACACACAAGAAUUUGCAGAGGCAAAGUAUAAGAAGUGGGAAAAGGAGCCUGCUCCAGCUGGUUGGGAUGUUUUUAAUCAGAAAACCCUAUACGAAGCAUACAAGAAGAGAACAAAAAACAUUGAGGUUGACCUUGAAGAGUACAGUAAAAUGAAGGAGGCUGAUCCAGAGUUUUACAGAGAAGCUUCAAGUCUUCAAUAUGGGAAGGCUCCAAAAGUUUCUGAUGAUAAGAUUGAGAGAAUGGUGAAGGAGCUGAAGGACAAGGAAGAGAAGCGCAAAGCAUUUAGCAGGAGGAGAAGGUACCAUGAAGAGAAGGAUAUCGACUCCAUUAAUGAUCGCAACGAGCAUUUCAAUAGAAAGAUUGAACGAGCCUUUGGAAAGUACACGCUGGAGAUCAAGAACAACUUAGAAAGGGGAACUGCUUUGCCUGACUGAAUCGUAUCUCACCCGUGGUGGAUCUAGAAUCGUAUCUCACCUUUGGCACUCGGGGUAUAUACUCGGCUACAUGAAAUCCCUUGAAACAUUUUGAAUGCAUGAAAUAUUAAUGUUCGUGUACAAGGACUUUUUUUUUAUUGUUAUUAACUCUAUUAUAAUGUAAUAUGUAUUUGGGUUUAUUUGAUCAAUUGAAUCAUUUGUAAAAUUCAUUAGGACGGAGUAUUAUCUUUACCAUUUUU